AUCUCCGUCUGUCGCCCAGACAAAAUAAGGAAAGCAAACCGUUACAGAGACCAAGCAAGCAGACCAUUUCCAUCCAUCUAUCCCUAAUUUCUUGCUUCCACCAUGCAAACCCACUUUCAAAUCCGUUGUUAAUCAGAAGCCCUUCAAAUUUGAAUUUCAUUUCUGGGUCUAGAAAUCUAUUACUAAUAACUAGCACUUCAACUUUUUAUAUAAAGUUAUUUGAAGGGCAAGUUUGAAGUUCAUCCUUAAAAUUGUUUUAGGAUUCUUAACGGUCAAGAGGAUUUCUCUUUAGUUGGUCAAGGAUGGCAUCAGUGUCUAAUGAUGGGUUAUCCAAUGAGAGCGUGAAGAAGCGGCUGUUGGAAAAUGGUUGCCACUCCUCAUAUUUGGGCAUUAUACCAAAAUAUAAAAUUCGAAAAGUCUCAGCAGUGCGAGAUUUUCCUCCAGGGUGUGGUAAAAUUUCUCCGAAAGUUGAUUUGAAUCAUGAUCAAAAUGCUGUAGUGUCCAACAAUAUUGAAGAUAUGGCUAACACUAUAUUGGUCGAUGGUAUUAAAGAGUCUAACAUUGAGACCAAAUCACAGUCUGUUGAGGUGGUGAACUGUCUAGUUAACUUGGAAAAUCAAGAAAAAAUGGAUAGGUUAGCAGGGAAAGUGGUAGCGACAAACAUGAGUGCAAUAGCAAAUGGGGUGGGAGAAAAAAUAAGUGACAAAAAAUCAAUAGGAGUUGAGUUGCCGAAAGAUAUCAAAACUAGUGAAAUGGAGCUUUCCAAGGGAACUGAAGACAUUCAGUAUGACAUUUCAGUGAAGGAAGUUGAUGAGCAGGGUAUACCUUUGGUUGAAAAUGUGGGUAGUGGGCACAAGACACCUGUUAGUGAAAUCAAAAUGUUCUCACCACCUCAGCAGCUCAUCAGUGCUACGGAACAUACCUCCUCCUUGCCAAAGAAUAAGUACCGCAAAAGAAGAGUAUCCGCUGUUCGAGACUUCCCUCCAUUUUGUGGAACAAAUGCUCCUAAGCCAACUGAGCAGAACUGUUUUGGUGUUACUGAAGAAAGCAAGGAUGUGGCCGGGCUCAGUAAGGAAGUUACAAGGAAUGAAGUAAUUGAGACAUUGAGAGAUGUUACAGACACUGGGGCAUUGCAAGAGAAGUUGAUUGGAAGUGAGAAUGCUGAUUCUCUGAAAGAGAGGGACGUUUCUAGUCCAAAAGAUAGGGAGUUGGAACAAAUAACGAUGGUUCAGACUGUAGAACAGGAAGGCAUCCAAUGUGAUUAUGAUGGAAGAAGUCAGGUGGAAAGAACUGUGGUUAUGCCUGAGAUAAUGAUGAAAAAAGAGAGUGAUGCAGGAGUUGUGGAGAAGGAGACACUGGUAUAUUCAGAGAAAGAAAGUGAAAAGUCUAUUACUGCAAGUAUUGCUCUUGGUUCUGGAAAUGAAAAGCCAAUUACAAAAGGUGCUAAGCCAUAUUGUCCACUGAAGCAAGGGAAGCAAAAGCGAUUAGAUGACCCUGUGAGUGGAAAUGAAAUUGUUGUCUCACAGGUCAAAAGUCAUUUGAAAAAGACUGCAGUCAAUGCUUUUGGUUCUGGACAUGAAGUGGUUAAGCCAAUUGUGCAAGGUCUGAUGGCCGAGCCAUACUGUCCAUGGAGGCAGGGAGAGCGAACUAGUUUAGACUCUGGAAACCAAGUUGAGAAGGAUGAUUUGUCUUGGCGCAAGAAAGCCAAAGCUGUUGCCAGAAAAAGUAAUCCUAGAGGUAAGAAAAAAUCAGCUUCUGUUGGUGAAGCUACUGAUGGACUUUCAAGUGCAUUAGUUGUGUUCGAUGACGAAGGAUCUGGUUUAUGGGCUGCCAGCAACGAUGGAGCUUCUAGUUUGAAUAGGGAAGCUGUACAUGAAGAUUCUCCCAUUCAACGAGGUCAAUGUGACUUUGAUGUGACCCUACCACCUUUUGGUCCAAACAGUUCCAGUCAUGGUGAUGCCCGUACUAAAGUUAGAGAGACUCUUCGUCUGUUUCAGGGUAUCUGUAGAAAGCUUUUGCAAGGUGAAGAAUCAAAGUCAAAACCUGAAGAAGCAAAAUUGAAGCAGGGGCCAAACAGAAUUGAUCUUCAUGCAGCAAAAAUCAUCAAAGCUAAAGGAAAAGAAGUUAACACGGGUCAGCACAUACUCGGAGAAGUUCCUGGAGUUGAAGUAGGGGAUGAGUUCCAAUACAGGGUGGAACUUGCUAUUGUGGGGGUUCAUCGCCUAUAUCAGGCUGGUAUAGAUUACAUGAAGCAAGGAGGUAUGCUGAUCGCGAUUAGUAUUGUUUCUUCAGGGGUCUAUGAUGACGGCCUGGAAGAUGCUGAUGUGUUGAUUUAUUCUGGGCAAGGGGGAAAUGUGGUAGGUAAGACCAAAACCCCUGAGGAUCAGAAACUGGAAAGAGGUAAUUUAGCUUUGAAGAAUAGUAUAUCAGUAAAGAAUCCUGUUCGGGUGAUUCGUGGAUCUAAGGAGACCAAGACCUCUGAAUCCGUGGAUGGUAAAGGUAAGAUAGUGACAACAUAUGUUUAUGAUGGGUUGUACACUGUUGAGAAUUAUUGGACAGAACAAGGGACAAAGGGUAAGAUGGUUUUUAUGUUUAAGUUGGUGAGAAUUCCUGGGCAACCAGAGCUUGCUUGGAAAGAAGUAAAGUCAUCGAAAAAGUCCAAAGUGCGCCAUGGUGUUUGUGUCCACGACGUUACAGAUGGAAAGGAGACACUCGCGAUAAGUGCUGUGAACACAAUUGAUGGUGAGAAACCUCCACCAUUCAAUUACAUCAAGAAGAUUAUAUAUCCUGACUGGUUCCAGCCUUCUCCUUUUAAAGGUUGUGAUUGUGUUGGGAGAUGUUCUGAUUCCAAGAGGUGCUCAUGUGCAGUUAAAAAUGGAGGCGAGAUCCCAUACAACCGUAAUGGGGCAAUUGUUGAAGUGAAGCCUCUUGUAUAUGAAUGUGGUCCUCAUUGUAAAUGUCCCCCCUCUUGCUACAAUAGAGUCAGCCAACAUGGUAUUAAAGUUCCACUUGAGAUCUUUAAGACAAAUUCGAGGGGCUGGGGUGUGAGAUCUCUAACAUCUAUUCCUUCAGGAACCUUUAUAUGUGAGUAUGUAGGAGAACUUCUUGAAGACAAGGAAGCUGAACGAAGAAUUGGUAGUGACGAGUACCUUUUUGAUAUUGGGCAGAACUAUAGUGAUUGUUCUGUGAACUCUGCCGGACAAGCAGAAUUAAGUGAGGUAGUAGAUGAGGGUUAUACAAUUGAUGCAGCUCAGUGUGGAAAUAUCGGGCGAUUUAUCAAUCAUAGUUGUUCACCUAAUUUGUAUGCACAAAGCGUUCUCUAUGAUCAUGAAGAUAAGAAAAUGCCUCAUAUCAUGCUUUUUGCAGCAGAUAACAUUCCUCCUUUGGGGGAGCUCAGUUAUCAUUACAAUUAUUCCGUGGAUCAAGUACAUGACUCCAAUGGAAAUAUCAAGGUGAAGAAAUGCUUUUGUGGAUCUUCAGAGUGUAGUGGUAGGAUGUACUAGGGGUUUGUAAAGCUCUCUUUCAAGUUGAGGUGAAAAAUUGCUCAUAUUUGAUGUAAGAAUUUUCACUGCAAUUUAUUCGCCCUCCUUACUUUUAUGUAUGCAUUUGAACGGAAUGAUAUGUACUAUAUAUUUUCCCUUCCCAUUCA